AUGCUGCUGGCUAGAGAGGACUGCAUGGAGUACGGAGUAAGGAAGGCGGUGCUGAGUGUGUGUGAUGUGGAUGGGCAUGUGGGCAUGAUCCUUCUGGUCCUUCCUUUGCUGUGGAUGGGCUCCCCAAUGCAGAAGGCUGCCCUCUCCUGCCUGAGUCUCAUCCUGCUUAUCUGGAGCCAGGGACCAGAGGUCCAAGGCCAAGAAUUCCAAUUUGGGCCCUGCCGAGUGGAGGGAGUAGUUUUCCCAGAGCUGUGGGAAGCCUUCCAGGCCAUGAGGGACAUUGUGCAAGCCCAGGAUAAUAUCAAGAGUGUCCGGCUGCUGCGGAGGGAGGUUCUGCAGAACAUCUCGGAUGCUGAAAGCUGUUACCUCAUUCGUGCCCUGCUGAAUUUCUACUUGAAUACUGUUUUCAAAAACUACCAUAAGAAGGCAGCUGAAUUCAGAAUCCAGAAGUCAUUCUCUACUCUGGCCAACAAUUUUAUUGUCAUCCUGUCAAAACUGCAACCCAGUCAGGAAAAUAAGAUGUUCUCUACCAGUGAGAGCGCACGCAGGCGGUUCCUGCUGUUCCAGAGAGCAUUUAAACAGUUGGACAUAGAAGCAGCGCAGACCAAAGCCUUUGGAGAAGUGGACAUUCUCCUGACCUGGAUGCAAAAAUUCUACCAGCUCUAA